GACACAGCCUGCUGACCAAUCAGAGCGCAGGAGGCGGGAACAGCGUGUGUUAGUAGGGUGACAUUGAGCUUCUAGCUGUCAUGUGAGUGUUAUAAGGCGUUAUAGUGAGCAGUGUGUAGCUGUGAGAUAAUUCCUUCACAGAUGGAGACUUCAACCCCAGAUGAGCCUCGCCUCAGACACGUGGAGCGUGACGUCCUGAUCCCAAAAAUGAUGAGAGAGAAAGCUAAAGAACUCUGUGCUCAAAAUGUUGAAGCCUUCACACAGUGCUGUAAGGACAGCGGGCUGCUCAUGGUGGUGAAAUGCAGAGAGGAAAACAACGCCCUGAAACAGUGUCUCACCAAACAUUACACAGAUCCGGUGUUCUAUGAGGAGUGUAAGCAGCAGUACAUCAAAGAGAAGCAGGAGUACGAGCGCACCGGCAUCUCCACUAAGCACAGAGCACAGCGAUUACCUACCGGCAUGUAGAACACACACACACACACACACUGCUGUUUAUAUUCAUGACUAAACCUCAUAUAAAUUCAUAGAGAGAGUUUUAAUCACAUCAGAUGAAAUUUCCUCCGCUGAGACUCACUCACAGAUUUGUUGUUGCUUUUUUUCUUAAGAAUGCAUUUAUUUUGUUCUGAUUGUUUUUUUCUUGUUCUUUGCGAGAUCAUCAGUUUUGUUUGAAAGUGAACACACACACACACACACACACAUUACAUCAGAAGGAGUUUGAGCUGUUUGUAUAUGUGUUUGAGUGAAAAAUUUAUAAAUGAUGUGUUAUAAACAUGUAAUAAACAUCACUGUGUGUCUGAA